AUGCACAUUGUUAAUUCUUCCCAAGAUUCUGAUGAUUUUGAAGAUACAAAUGGUUCGACCGUUCUUGUCAAUCCAUCGAUGGCGUGUGAAGGAACUCCUUUAGUGCAGCAGCCAAUCAGGGUCGAACCUAACUACCUUCAAAAUAUAAAUGAAGCAAAUUUGCCUCAAUUAAUGACCGAUAACGCAGCAAACAAACAAUCACCAAUUGACCCACGUCAAAGGGAUCUUAUUGAUACGAAUCUUUUACAAAGAUCGGUAGAACAAGUAACUGAGAUUUCGGACCAAGCUCAAACUGUCAAUUCACUUUCACCAAAUUUAAGUGAAAUUAUGAAUACGAAACCCUCUGUCGUUAACAACACGCAAAGAUCGGAAUCGAUCCAAGCUCAAAAUAAACAAACUUUUGAUAAUUUGCUUUUUCAUAAUUUAUCAUCUGACGCUAAAGAUAAGCAAAUGUCGGAAUCUUUUAGGCCUUCAGACAAAAAUAUCGAGUUUCAAUUUAUGAAUUUAAACCUUUUUUCUGGCGAUUCUUCUCAACAUUCUCACCAUGAUCAACAAUUAGAAAAUGCAAUUACAACUGGAUUCGAACAAAUAAUGAAUUCGAGCAUAUUUGCUAAUAUACAAAAAGGAAUUUCUACUCAAUCUCAAUCUGAUGAAUCAUUUGAAUUGACGUCAGAUCAAGAUGCUAUCCGAAAAAAACCAACGAAUGAAAUUCCUAGGAUGGAAACAAAUUUUGGGAAUGAUAUUGAGAGCAGAAUUGAUCCAAAGGAAAAUAUCCGCAAAGUUCUCAAAAAUAAUAAAUAUCAUUCGCUUAAUUCCAAAUAUGGUAAAGAUUUAGCUGAAUAUAUUCCCGGCUUGUAUCGUUUAUUAGACUUAUGCAAAGAUGAUGGAUCAAAUGGCCUAGUGGAUAAAAUAAUUAUAUCCAAAGAUUCUUUAAAGAAACUAUGCAAUGAUAUGGUUCCAUCAAGUGUCAUUAAUCAACAAAUACAUGAUUUUCUUACAGAAUCGCAAUCAUCCGUAAAUAAUCCUUCUUUACGUCCUGGUAUUUAUUUAUUGGUAGUGAAUCCAGAUUUAGGUUUAGUCAUUCAUUGGCCUGAAGAAGGAUGUUACGAGGAAAAUGCCUCUUCUCAACGUAAAAAGAAUAUGACUAAUCUACAUAGAUAUUUGACAAAGCUUACUGAUCAUCAACUUUGCUUUAUGAGCGAUAAAGACCUGGAAAGUUUUGACUGGAAAUUAGAUAAACCCGAUGAUGAUUCAGACGACGACGAAGUGAGUUAUGAGUAUGAAGUCAAGAAAAGUCAAGAAGAACAGGAGAAUUUCAAAAUCGAUACCGGAUUUAAGAUGAAUUUAUCUGAUAAAACCAAAACCGAAAUAAAAAACACCACUCAAGAUGAAAUACCAUUAUAUCCAAUCGAAAUUGUUACUAGAAUGAUGUGGAAGAAAUUAAAAGAUUCUUAUAGUUCAUUUGAAGGAUUGAUCGAUAGCAAUACCACAUCACAUGAAAUUGGAGAUGAAGAUAUCAAAAGAAUUCAAGAUAAAUAUCCCGAUAUCGAAGCGAAGAUAAACGAAAAAGUUAAAAUAAAUUCCGACGAAUGGCGUAGGCUGAAAAAAAGAUUUUUUUUAGCCUAUAUUACUACUAAACAGGUUCUUAACAUCUCAGACUUGAAUUCUGAACAAAAACAAGAAAUGACAAAGUCAGGGAUCCAAGCAUUUUGCGAAUUGUUCAAUGACAAAGAGAAUGAUACAUAUAAGCUUGUAAAAAAUUAUGAGCGUCAAUCACGUGGUUUAUUUUAUUAUUUAUUGUCCAAGAUUACGACAAGUAUAGAUUCGUAUAUUAAUAAAUUAGAUCAAUGUUGUAGUAAUUAUGUGCUUCAAAAAUCAGACUCUGAAUUCGUUCAGGAGCUUAAGUCAUAUUUUGGGGAUUUUACCGAUAUACAGUCAAAUGUGGUAACCGCUUUCCACAAUGAAUACCAGAAAUGGAGAAAGGAUACUUUUCCAAGUAAUAUUAAAAAGAUAAUACCCAAAUUUUCCUUUAAAGAAUUAAAUGAUAAGUUAAGCCACGAACUCUCACAAGCGAAUAAAGAAAUUGAGGUUCGUGAAUUUGAAAGGAUAUGUAGCGAAUUGGAAAAUAAAUAUCGUGAUGGUAAAUCUUUUCGAUUAAAUUUUGAGUUUGAGACAACUCAACCAAAUCAAUUGCAGAUAUCCAUUUACGAAACAUCAUUAGAUCAAUCAGAUACCUUACAAAUUCAAAAUGACGAGUUUCAUAUACCUACUUUGCAUCCAAAUAAUCAAAAUGGAGCUACCUUUCAGAUUGAUCCUGCGAUUUAUGAUUUCAAGAAAAUAUCUCAAUUGGAUAAUCGCAAAUUUCUUCUCGUGCUUUACAAUAAGAAAUCACGAAAAAUCGAAAUAUUCUUUGGUUCUUCCCAACACAUAAUACAAACUUUCAAGACGAAUAAACCUCUUAAAUCUCUGAAUACAGAUGAAAAUUUUCUUAUUGCGAUUAAUGAGCCAAAAGAAUUAAUUGCUAUAUAUCGAUAUACAGAAAAUGAUAUUGUGUUAGAUGUGUAUGCCUUAUAUGACGGUCAAACACAUUUUUAUGCGCGAAAUUCAAAUAUUCAAUUGUUACAGUGGUAUAAUAAUACGGUUCCAAAUUUGCAGUAUUUCUUUUUUAUUAAAAAUACCGAAGAACUCUGCUUUGUUGAGAAAAGUGGUAGAGCGCGUAUUUUUAACCUUGUAAAUAUGCAAUUUCGACCAGCGGUUUGCAAACUUCCAUCCAAUACCUCAAAUGUCUUAAGUUCACCCGAUGGUUCAUGCAUUGUAGCAUUCGUAAAAGAAAACUUAGAAAAAAAUAUGGUAAACAUUGAUAGUGUUGGUAGUAGUAUUACUACUGAUGAUGAGAGUGACUAUGAUUCAGUUAUUACUAAUGAAGAACAACAACAGGAUGAUUCCGUUAAAGACGGUAACAUUAAAGAAAUAUGCCGUGCUUAUGUUUAUUUUGGCGCGAAUUUUGGAGAUUCUGUUAGCAAAGUUGUUGAUUUACCAACAUCUCUUCAAUCCUUGGAAUUCUUGCAAUUUACUUGUAUCAACAAAAUACAAACCCAUUUGACGUCAUUUGAUUUACAAAGUGGAUGUUUCAAUUCCGCAAUAGUUAAAAUCACCCUUGAAAAGACUCGAUAUCGUUUCCAGGAACGAAUGCAAAAGAAGUCACUUGGACUUGCAAAAUUAAUUGAUUCUCCUAGAAAAAAUGUCAAUUAUACUAUCAUUGAAGGAAGGAACACACAUUUUGAACAAAUUGUUCGUAAUGGAGAAUUCAUUGUAUUAAUGGGAGAAAAGUUUAACGUGAUUGAAGUUCUUUCUAGCACAAAAUUGAAAGUUGGUAGUAAUUUUAAAAGUGGAUUUGAUGAUUGGAUGGAAUUCCGUAUUGAACCAAAGACAAAAUUAAAUGGCCUCAUUGAUGCUUAUAAAUUAAUGUUUGAAAAAUAUCCGGUUGAAAGUUGUAUCGAUUCCGCACAAAAUCGUCCUCUAAGUUUAAAAAUCGUUCUCAAUGAUGAAGUUGACGACGAAAAAAUCGAAGAAUUCGGCGAAAAAUUUGAAGAAUAUAUUUCUGAAACUUUUGAGAAUUUGAAACGUUCUACAAAAAAACCUGCAACAAUUUUAAAAAAAUUUUCUUUAUCAAUCACUACUUUCCAAGCCCUUGAUAUUAAAAAUGUGAAAUUUCAAAAGAAAUUUUCAUUAGCAUAUGAAAUAGGAGAAUGGAUCAUUCAAUUAUGUUGUCUAAUUCCAAUACAAAUUGCUGUUGCAAGAAAUAAUUUAUUUCAACCUCUUAAAGAUGGAUUAUCUUCAAAUGAUAUCGAACUUGAUGACGGUUAUGGUGGUCAUGUGGAAGGCAUAGCAAAAAACAUUUCUUUUGGAUGGUAUGAGGGGAUUUUCAGGCAUUUUGGCGAUAAAAAAGUGAAAGUUGUUUCUAGUAUGGGUGAACAAUCUUGCGGAAAAUCAUUCAUGUUGAACCAUCUUGUUGGAACUACCUUUGACGGCUCCGCAAUGCGUUGCACUGAAGGUGUAUGGAUGUCACUGGUAAAUACCAAGCAGUGCAUUUAUGUAGCACUCGAUUUUGAAGGUUUAAAAUCUCUCGAGAGAACUCCUCAAGAGGAUUUAUUUUUAACACUUUUUAAUACAGUAGUGUCCAAUCUUAUACUUUUUAAGAAUCAAUUUGCAGUAAAUAGAGAUAUGUCUUCGAUGUUUCAAAGGUUUCAAGAUGGUGCAAUGUUAUUUGAGUCAGAUCCAAAAAUAUUCCAGGCGAAACUAUGUGUCAUCAUAAAAGAUGUGCCUAGAGCCGACAAAGAAGACAUUGUAAAAGAAUUUAAAUCAAAAUUUUCUCAAUUAGUUGCCGAUGAGGGGGAAGAUAACUUCAUUUCAAGAAUGUACAGAGGGGGGCUUGAUAUUAUUCCUUGGCCUAUGUUUAAUGAUGCCUCAUGGUUCAAGACAUUAUCAAAGGUUAAUAAGAAUUUAAAUAACCAGGAACCUAGAUAUGAAAAUGCACGAAAUUUCUUACAAAAUACAAAAGUAAUUAUGGCUAAAUUAAAGAUAUGCGAUUGGGGUUCAUUAGACGAAAAUCUCACUCAGAUUCGUGUUGCAACAUUAAAAAGAUUACUCCCAACUGUGAUUUCCUUUGGUUUGGAACAAAAAGAUUCUACUACUGAACAACUUAUGAAUCGUGAUACCGGGGAACCGAUUGAUGACUCAGUAGUCAAUUUUUCUGAGAUUUUACACGAGUUCGAAGAAUCUAAUAUAACAUUGUCAGAUUCUGAUAUCCAAUUAUAUGAUGAAAACGCAUCUUUUGUCCGACUUUCUGAAGAUUUAAGAACUUACUUCGAAGAAAAUAUACAAUCGCGUAAAAACUCAUCCGAUGAUCUCGAAUGGUUCGGCAACUUCAAUAGAUUCUUUAAAUAUAUUAUCGAGCGUCGUGUUUCACGUGUUAAAAAUUGGUAUAUGCAAAAUACUGCCAAGUUUCCGCAAGAUAACAGUGAUAUUCUUAACGGGAAGUAUGCAAUGGAGCAAGAGAUAAGCAAGCUUACACUGCUAUGGACAUUUUGUGGAUUAACAUGUUAUCAAUGUAAUUUAAAAUGUGUCAAAAAUCGUGAUCACGAAGAAAGUCAUAAUUGCUUAACAGAUCAUAAAUGUCAUUUUGAUUGUCAUUUCACUGAAGCCCAUAAUAGUAAAUUAAUUCCAAUGUGUAGUCAUAAGGCUGGACAUGAAGGAAAACACGCUUGUGAUAAAAUAAAUCAUUUGUGUGGUAAACCUUGUAACCUUAUCGAUAAACGUAAUUGUCAGAAAGUUUGUUCAAGGGAAAUUGGACAUGAGGAGGAACAUCUAUGUCAAUCAACACUUCACUUUUGUGGAGAAGCUUGUUCAUUAUCAACAAAAACUCAGAAGGGAGAUUAUAAUUGUCCUAAUAAAUGUAUUAGACCAUAUGAAGAAGAACACGAUUUACAUCGUUGCGAAAAUCCAACUUGUCCAAUGCAGUGUCCAAUUCCACGUUGCCAGCGGAAAUGCCAAGUUAAUGAUCAUUUUCACUCAUUUUCUGAUUUACCAGUAGAUCAUUUUUGUGGAGAUGAACAUCAAUGUCGUGAAUUAUGUGAAGAAGAUGGUAUAUGUAGAAUAAUACUCGAACCGAAAAAGCAAGAAGAAGUUUAUAAAGGAUUAGUAACCAAUAUUGCAUUUACGAAGUAUAUUCAAUUAAAUGCAAGAUUAGCAUGUAUCAAAAAAAUUCCGCCAAAUAAAUUUAAACAUAAUGGAAAACAUACACAUGAAGAAAGUGGCUUUCAUUUUUGUGAUGCCAAAUGCCAAUUCUGUGAAUAUUUCUGUACGUUACCUUAUGGGCAUGCACAAAUUCUUCAUAAUACGACUCAUGGAAAUAUGACACAAACUGAGUUCACCGGAGAAGAUAAUGAGUUUGAAUAUGCAGGGUAUAGUUUAUAUAAAAUCAACAUGUCUCACUGUAAAGAUUUAGGAAGACAUCGUCAUAUUGAUUAUUGUCAAAACGAAGAAAAUUGUAAAUCAGGACAAGAUAUUCAGCAUAUUAAGGAACGAGUACAUCCUAAUCCUGAAAUAUCUAAAGAUUUCAUUUCUCAUAAAUUGUUCUGGGAGAGAACGGGUUUUAGAGAUCCUUAUUCCGCUCAAGAACAACAAGAUUUUGCAAAAUGCGAUCAUGAAUGUCCUGACGAAAAGCAUCAUAAAUCUCAAGGAUCUACAAGAGCUCCUCCAACUAAAUCAUUUUGUGAAUUAUCCCUUUUCCAUGCUCCGCUUAAUCAAGAUUCAAAUCCUCCAAAUGACUAUGGAUACAUUUCUUUAGAUGGGCACCAUUUUAGUUGUGAAAAUCCAAGUACACGUGAAGCCGCUUUUCAUAUUAUAUUCGUCAUGGAUCGUUCAGGAUCUAUGAGCGGAAGGGAUAGAAAACCAAUUCCAAACCAUCCAAUUUAUAACGAAUUAAUAAAAAAUCACAACGAUAGAAUAGGCGCGGUUUAUCAGGCGGUAUAUCAAUUUAUGGAAACGCGUAUUGCUUCCGCUCAAACUAGUCAAAAUCAUGCUUCAUCCGCUUUACGGGAUAGCGUUACAUUAAUUCUUUUUGAUCAUAAAGUUGUUGUACCAUUUGAGAAUCAAAGCAUGACAAACACAGGGGAAUUGUUAAAUAUUAUGCUUAAUUAUAAAGCUGGUGGUGGAACAAAUUUCGAUAAUGCAAUUCAAAAAGCUGGAUAUUUGAUCACCUCUUAUUUUGACCCUACGAAAGCAAAUAUCAUCAUCUUCUUAUCCGAUGGAGAAUGUGGUGUUCCAACCAAACAACUUCAUAAUAUCUGUAAACAAAAUCAGUCAAGAGGAUCGCCAAUAUAUCUAUAUACAGUAUUAUUUAGCAGCAGUGCACGAAAUCACUCUUUAGAAGAAAUGGCAAAGAUUGCGCAAUCUUAUCAUCCACACAGUUCAUCAUCUAGUGCUUUGCGUUGUCAAUUUACUUGUGCCAUUACUGAAGUUAGUUUAGUUAACCAUUUUACUGGCGUGGCAGAAAGUUUGAGAAAACAUAAACCAGCGUUGCUAAAGAAGAAACACACUAGAAGCCUUUUAUCAUAG